AUGGCCUCAUGGCGCAACGGUAGCGCGUUCGACUCCAGAUCGAAAGGUUAUCCGUUCAAAUCGGGUUGGGGUCAUCUUGUUUUUCUUCUUACUGCACAUAACGUUUUAUGUAGUGAACUGAGAAAGUUUCAAGUAAUAUCUUUUUUGGGUUCCGCACAUGGGGUCUGUGUGAGGCCGGCCAGGCCUGCUAAAAAUGUUGACAUUAAGACGGACCGUUCCGUGUUCUGA